UGUGUUCGGAAAUGACCUGCAUUUCCUUGUCUGUUUCCAGUUUAGCAUGACCCCGGUCUGCGUGUAUCUGUUACAUAUCGGUAUUUACUGAAAAUAUACAACCGAAUUAUCAUAGUUUUUCAGCGAUUAACUGCAGGCAGAGGGCCGUAAUGAACACGCUAGUCAGCUCAACAAUAAGGUGUUUGCGGGUGGGAUCUGUCUGCUGGACAGGGUUGCGAAUUGAUGGGCAUGUGUCUUAUUCCUCAACCAGAUUACUGUGUGCUGCUGCCGGGAAGAAGAAGGACUUUGCAGAGAUGGUAAAGAAGGACAAGGUAGUUGUGUUUAUGAAAGGGACGCCUGCCCAGCCCAUGUGCGGCUUCAGCAACGCUGUAGUCCAGAUCCUAAGGAUGCAUGGAGUGGACAAGUACGGUGCAUACAACGUGUUGGACGACCAGGACCUCAGGGAAGGGGUGAAAGCCUUCUCCAACUGGCCAACAAUCCCGCAAGUCUUCUUCAACGGGGAAUUUGUGGGCGGCUGCGACAUCCUUCUUCAGAUGCAUCAGAACGGGGACCUCGUGGAAGAACUAAAUAAGUUGGGCAUCCGCUCCGCACUUUUAGAGGAGGAGGAUGACGGGAAAUCAAAAUAGUUGAACUAAUGUGGGCCAGCCAAGGGGACGUCAUCCCUUUUAUUUGGUCUGGAGGAAAAUUGUGUCCAGUAUUUCCUGACCAGUCCUGCUUAAAGCUAAUACUGUUGUCAGGUGUUACAGGAAGAGAAUAUACCAAGGUAGCCACGUCUUGUGUUCACGCAGUCCAAACGUAAAAAAAAAAGAUUAAGCAAGCACUACUCUCCCGCUGCAUACUCAGAAAUGCUGGUUUACUGCACUGUAUUAAAAUGUACAAAAAAAAGCAUAUAAUCAAAUAUAUUUCUAAAGCUUGUGAAAUCUUUAUAUUAAUAAAAGGUUUUAAUGCAAAGGUG